AUGGCUGGUAGGGGGAAAACCCUAGGAUCUGGAGCCUCAAAGAAGGCUACUUCAAGGAGUAGUAAGGCUGGUUUGCAGUUUCCCGUCGGUCGUAUUGCUAGGUUCUUGAAGGCCGGCAAGUAUGCUGAGCGUGUUGGUGCCGGCGCUCCUGUCUACCUCGCCGCUGUUCUUGAAUAUCUUGCUGCUGAGGUGCUUGAGUUGGCUGGAAAUGCCGCAAGAGACAAUAAGAAGACUCGUAUUGUGCCACGCCACAUCCAGUUAGCAGUGAGGAACGAUGAGGAACUGAGCAAGCUUCUUGGUGAUGUUACAAUUGCUAAUGGAGGUGUCAUGCCUAACAUCCACAACCUUCUCCUACCAAAGAAGGCCGGUGGCUCCUCUAAGGCCUCUGCUGACGAUGACAUGGGAAGGCAGAAAGGUGAUUUGGGUAAUUGCUCACCAGGAAUGGACUGCGAUUCUAUCUCUGGGAAGAGCUCUGCCAUGAUUAGAGUAAUUGCUGUAGACUCUGGAGUGGUUAGGCAUAUGUAG